ACUGACGCCGUGGCGGCAGCAUGGUACGUUUUUACCAGAGGACGCCCAUCAUGAAGCUGCUGGCCCCCCUCGCGUGUCUCUGCCUGGCCCUCGCCCUGGCCUGGGCUGAGGAUCUGCAUGCAUCAGCUGUCCUUGACCGUUGUAAAGGGCUGGAGAUGGACGCUGUUGCUGUGAAUGAGGAGGGAAUCCCGUACUUUUUCAAGGGUGACCAUGUGUUCAAGGGCUUCCACGGCAAGGCGGAGCUUGCCAACGAGUCCUUCGUUGAGCUGGACGAGCAUCACCACCUGGGCCAUGUGGAGGCUGCUUUCCGCAUGCACUACGAGGACGAGCCCACCCACCAUGACCACAUGUUCUUCUUCCUGGACAACAAAGUUUUCAGCUAUUACCAACACAAACUGGAGGAUGGCUACCCCAAGGACAUCUCCGAAGUGUUCCCUGGAAUCCCAGACCACCUGGAUGCUGCGGUGGAGUGUCCCAAGCCGGAGUGUGAGGAAGACUCUGUCAUCUUCUUCAAGGGAGACGAUAUUUACCACUACAAUGUGAGGACCAAGGCUGUGGAUGAGAAAGAGUUCAAGACCAUGCCCAACUGCACGUCUGCUUUCCGCUUCAUGGACCACUACUACUGCUUCCAUGGACACCACUUCUCCAAGUUUGACCCAAAGACCGGUGAGGUGCAUGGCAGAUACCCCAAAGAGGCCCGGGACUACUUCAUGAGGUGCUCCACGUUCAGCGAGAACAGUGACCACGUGGAGCGGGAGCGCUGCAGCCGCGUUCACCUGGACGCCAUCACGGCCGACGACGCUGGAGACCUGUACGCCUUCAGAGGCCACCAUUACAUCCAUAAAGACGAAGGCAACGACACGCUGCUGGCCGACACCAUCGAGAACGACUUCAAGGAGCUGCACAGCGAGGUGGACGCCGUCUUCUCUCACGACGGUCAUCUCUACAUGAUCAAGGAUGAGCAUUUAUUCCUCUACACUGUUGGGGAGCCACACGUGCACUUGGACGGAUACCCCAAGCCUCUGAAAGAGGUGCUGGGGAUCGAAGGACCCGUGGACGCUGCGUUCGCCUGUGGUGGCAGCGACAUCGCUCACAUCAUCAAAGAUCAGCACAUCUACGACGUGGAUAUGAAAGCCACUCCUCGCGUCGCGGGGAAUCAGCGCCCCAUCAGCCUCUUCAAGAAGGUGGACGCCGCCAUGUGCGGCCCCGGCGGCCUGAAGGUGAUCGUGGGGAACCACUACUACCACUUUGAGAGCGUCAUGCUGUUCAUAGCCAGCAAGGCCCUGCCCGAGCAGCACAGAGUCUCUCUGGAGCUGUUCGGCUGCGACCACUAAAAGGCCUCCUUCAUGGGACUGAAUGAAUGCUGCAUGACUUCACAAACAACACACAGAACAAAGAAAACAGCAGCACCGACCACAUCUGGCGAGAGGCUCCACACCAAGUCGCCAGGGUUUCCACUACACGCUCUGACAGACAAUGUAGUGUCAAUAAACUUGGUUCCUUUCUGCCUCUUACCUCAAAAUAAACCGAUAUAUACUCUAUUUCUGCUAGAAAUCAUCAUACCAGCUCUCUGUGUGCUAUUGGGAAGUUCAAAAGUACUGCAUGAUUUUCUGUGAUUCAUUUUGUACAGUGUUGUUGUGAAUAAAGAGGCGUGUCAACUAACAUCAGACUGGACCUGGGAAUGUGGAAAACUCAAAUGUGAUAUUUCAGUUUUUCUUCUUUAAUAAAUUUGAAAAAAAUAAA